AUGAGUGAUGGAAAGGAGCUAAAAGGGUGUUCGUCGGCAGUAGGAGGUUACCUGGGACUGAUAGGAGAUGUGUGUUGGGUGGAGCGACUGGCGAAUAUGGUCACGUCGCACAUGCUGGCCAUCUGCCCCACCCCCUUUGAGAGAGAACAUCUUCUGAGACUGCUCCAUGACGGGACGUUUGGUCAGGGCUUCCAGUCCUCUGGAUUAGACUUCAAGAACCUUUACCAGAUGACAGAGGUACUGAGUCAGGCUGGACUGCCUACCGAUGCAGCAUUCACCAUCAGAGAACACUUCAACUUCACACCUGGUGCCAAGUCCAUAGCUGAGGUGUACUCCGUGAGAGUGAGGGUUGACAGUGACCGAGUGUUGAGCAUGCUACUGGAGAAAGCUCAGUUCGACGUGGCCAGGAGCUAUGCCACCAUUGUAGGCUCCACUGCCAACGAGGUCACUGUUAAAGAGGCUGAGCACAAUCUGCGGAAGCUGUCAGAGUCCAGCUACUGGCAGUAUGAACAGGCACGUCUCAACUUCUGGCACUCCUGCAACACCUCCUUCAACAAGGAGAAGGUUGACCCUGAACUGGCCGCUGAAUUCUUUGAGUCUGUGGUGCACCACUCCAGUGAUGUCACCAAACCCACCCCAUCCUCUCCUACCUCCUCCCCUUCCUCUUCCUCCUCUUCCUCCUCCUCCUCCCACUCCUUCCCUCCACUCACCUGCUCGGCCACUGAGAGAGCUCUCCUCCUGGCCUUUGCUCUCAAGUGGCGACGAGAGACCGACACCAUGACUGCCGACCAGCUCAAGGAGUUUGAGCGAGAGAUCUGGCGCUCCCACAUACGGGCCUCGGUUGAAGACAUGCAGAGAGCUGUGAGUACCAUAAAACCAGUGAAGGAAGUUGUGCCAGCAUUUACACACAUACUUGCACUCACACAACUGGGACAGGUCAGGGGGGUCUCCGCUGCCAUUCCUACCAUCCUACUCCCCGGAGGACAUUCUUCAUCAGAGGAGCCCUCCUCUCUCUUGUCUGCCCUGUCCAUCACGGUGUCCCCCUCCUACUGUGGUCAGAGGAACCUGGCUGAACUGGCUCUCCCUGACAAUGUCCCGGUCCUCACUGAGGCCAGUCAGCACAGAGAUACUGCCAGCUCCCUCACUGACCCACAGGAAGUGACGGCAUUCAACAUGAUGUUGGGGAGACUGCUGAAUGCUGGCUUCAUCUCUCAGGCCAGGGAAUUGGCCGCUCUAUUUGAACAUGACUCCCCUGAUCUCACCAUUGUCCUGUGUUGCAUCCAGCUGGCCCAGGGGAAGCUGUCUACGGAGCAGCUGACAGACCAGGUCCUCAGUCUCGUCUCCACCCACUCUCCUCGCCACCUCAGCGAGCUCUCCCUGGGUGUGGAGCAGCGGGGGGACUCCCGGCCGUCAGCCGAGAUUGUCCGGAUGAUGCAGCGACUCUCAGAUCGAGCCAAACAUGCCCAGCACUGCUGCAGCUGCAUCACCACCUGCUUCAAAGUCGCAGUGAUCCUCUCUCAAGUCCUCAGUUGUAGGUUCACAGACCGCUACCAGCUGGCCAAGAAGUUUGUCAGUGACUCCAACCUCAAGUCUAAAGAGGUGGCUGGGUUCCUGUCUGAAUGUGUGGCAAGUGCACUACAGUCACAGAGUGGAAUGUCCAUGAGAGAGAGGGAGGGUCCCCACAGCAGAGUCUACUAUCCCCAGAUGACUAGUGCUCAGUUUGCAGAACUGGCCCAGCUCUGUCCGGACCACAACGAGGUGGGAAGUCAUCUGCUCUCAAUGGCCAAGUCCCUCUCCACGACUCAACAGCAGACUACACAGAAUAUAACAGUGCAGGUGGAGCUGUUGGUAAGAGCUCACGACUGCUACACUCUGGGGUGCAGUGUGGACGGUAUCUCUGAGGUCCUCCUAGUGGUCCGACAGUGGGUCCCCAACCUCAUCUUACUCAAACUCUUCUCACUAGUGGUUCGUCUGCUGACAGGAAUAGGGAGGUUCUAUGAGAUGGACUACAUCCUCCAGCUACUGAUGGAGAACGACCAGUUUGAAUCACUCCUCCACACCGGCCUGGAGAAAGAGGAGCAGUUGCGAGUGGCACUGAUGGACUACCUCCAGACUCACCAUCUCAACGACCACGAGAAGAUGCAGAUGGUGGCUCUCAAGUUUGGGAUGUUCUAUGAACUGGCCAACACCAAGCAGGAACAGGCCAAAAGAGACCUCAGGAGAAUCAAACCAAAACAUCUCGCGUCAAGUAACCCAGAGACAGUCAAGACACUGAAGGCCGUGUUUGAGUCUCUGCGAACAGCAGCCAAGACCUAUUCACAGGAGGACUAUCUGUCUAGUGCCCAGCAGUGCUACUCUCUGGCAAGACUGGUGGCUCUCCAACUCUCCCUCCUCCAUGGCUCUGGAAACAAACAGGUCAUCAACCUCGACCACAAGAAAGUCGUCAAACUGAUGGAGGAACUGCCUUUCCAGGAGGCUCUGAUAGUGGCUGAUGCGUACAAGCGGACCAGCUGGACAGACUGGGUCGGCCCUCUCUACAAGAAGGUUGUGAUUGGCGGCCACUUUCACUAUCUCAGUGACUACAAAACUGCCUUCCCUCUGAAGGCAAACAUGUUCCAAGAACUAGCUAGCAGGUAUCAACAUGACCGGGAGAGACCGCCCGAGUCUGCAGCCAACAUGAGGCGACUCCUGGGCCACCUGCGUAACCUCCCACUCAAGAGGAAGAUAGCCACUGACCUGGGAUUGAGCGAUGUCCUCCAGAGCCUCUCGCCCACCCAGGAUGAGGGAUUCCUCAAUGACAUUGCCAGACUCUGAUCUUUUAGUCUUGCAUCAGACUGGGUACACAGGUGUGUGUGUGUGUGUGUUUGAGAAUUUAACUUUUUGGCUUCA